UUCCGGCUGAUUUAUCCACAUGGAAGAUUCCAGAAGCCGCCGGCGAGUAGCCACCGGCACCGAAACCGCCUGGUGCCGCGCUGUCCCAGGCGGCACCGGCACGGCGGUGCUAGCUCUAUCCUCCUCCUCCUCCUCCUUCUCCGCCCCUCCAAAUCUCCAACUUCUCCAAAAUGCCCUCAACAAACUUCAGAAUGCCCAUCCUGUCCUCAAAUCCAAACUCCAUUACAGCCCAAUUUCUUCCACUGUUUCCUUCGUCACUUCUCCAACUCCUUCCGUCCAAGUCAAGACGUUUAAAGCUCCAGAAACUUCCAAAAUUAUAAAUGACCAAAACACCCUUCUCAACAAUAAUCACCAUCACGCCAUUUCCAUUUCCCCUCUCCAGAUUCUCCUCGAACACGAACUCAACGAGAACACCACCUGGCGUAACCUUCACCGCUCCGACACGGCGGCGGACAUGUUCUUCGUUACAUUGUACGAGGUAGGCUCCAGCAAAUGGGUGGCUGUGUUCCGACUACAUGUCGCGGCGUGUGACCGGACCACGGCAGUGUCGCUUCUGGAGGAGCUACUCGUUCUAAUGAACGACGGAGGCAGCGGAGAUAAAAAAGAUGAAAUGGAGUUGGGAAUGGAGAACCUUGUUCCUAGAAAGUUGGCGAAGAAGCCAUUGUUGACUCGAGGAUUGGAUAUGAUCAGCUACUCGAUGAACUCGUUGAGAUUAACGAAUCUUAAAUUUAAAGACGUUAAAUCUCCGAGACGAUCCCAAGUGGCGAGGCUUCAGAUGAACCACAACCAAACCCAGAAAAUUCUCUAUGAGUGUAAGAGGAGAGGUAUAAAAUUGAGUUCGGCAAUGGUGGCGGCGGGGUUGGUGGCGGCGCACAGCUCCGGUGGGCACAGCAUCCACCGCCAUCAACGGAAGUAUGGAGUGAUAACGCUUAUAGAUUGCCGGCGGUCUCUGGAGCCACCACUGUCAACCCACCAUUUCGGGUUUUACCAUGCUGCCAUUCUGAACUCCUACACGGUGAGAGGAGGAGAAGAUCUGUGGGAGCUUGCAGGGAAAAUCUCAUCGACAUUGGAGGCUUCCAAGAACUUAAACAAGCACUUCACCGACAUGUCGGACCUGAAUUUUCUGUUGUGUCGUGCCAUCGAGAAUCCAAGUCUCACUUCGUCGGGGGCGAUGAGGACGUCGUUGAUGACGGUGUUUGAGGACACGGUGAUUGAUAACUCGGGUAGAAUGCAGGAGGAGAUUGGUGUUAAUGACUACAUGGGAUGCGCCUCCAUCCAUGGAAUCGGCCCCUCCAUCGCCGUGUUCGAUACUGUCCGAGAUGGGCAGCUGGACUGUGUGUGUGUUUAUCCAGCUCCAUUGCACUCUAGGGAGCAAAUGGAAGCUUUGGUUGAGAACAUGAAAAGGUCUCUUCUCCUUAAAGAAUGAAUAAUGGUUUGCUUCCGUUUUGUUUUUGUAUUUCAUCCGUGCAUUUUUUUUAAUUAAAAAAAAAAAAAAAAAAAAA